AAUGUUGCGUUCAAUAACCCAAAUGAGAGUUGGACAACACAGUUCAGCGACACGUCAACCACACGGAAGAAGGUCUCUGUUCAACCUGCAAGCGUCUGGCUGACAUAAGGACUGAAGUCUAAUCAAAAUGGGUGGUCUCUUAAGUCUCUUCUCGGGCCUCUUUGGCACCCGGGAAAUGAGGAUUUUGAUCCUGGGGUUGGACGGCGCAGGAAAAACUACCAUUCUUUAUCGACUGCAGGUUGGAGAGGUGGUCACCACUAUCCCCACAAUCGGCUUCAACGUUGAGACAGUCUCAUUCAAGAAUCUGAAGUUCCAGGUUUGGGAUCUGGGAGGACAGACAAGUAUCAGGCCAUACUGGCGGUGUUACUAUUCAAACACAGACGCAGUCAUCUACGUUGUUGACAGCAGCGAUCGUGACAGGAUGGGCAUCUCAAAAUCUGAGCUGGUGGCCAUGCUGGAGGAGGAAGAGCUGAAGAAAGCUAUUCUGGUGGUAUUUGCAAACAAACAGGACAUGGACCAGGCGAUGACACCCACAGAGGUGGCCAACGCACUCGGCCUUCCUGCUCUCAAAGACAGAAAAUGGCAGAUCUUCAAAAUCUCAGCCUUGAAAGGCCAAGGCCUAGAAGAGGCAAUGGAAUGGCUGGUGGAUUCUCUGAAGAGUCGGCAGUAAAGGCUCCCUCCCGUUCUGUACAUACUCCUGACUUUUGACCCUUCUGUAUGAAGCCUUGUGACUGACCCUUCCCCAUGGACCAGUGAUUGCACUCCUUCCCCCCCCUGCCAACCCACCUGAAGCCUUGGCCAAACUCCUCCCCAAUGCCUAACGCCUUUUAAGCCUGGGACUUUAGAACUGAAGGCUGCAGUAAUGUCUGGACUGAGAAACACACACACAACCGCAUCUCUCCAAACGCUGAAGGCACAAGGGAAGGUUUUUGAGAGCUGUUUGAUCUUAGUAAUGAAUGGGUAACAAGUAAAAAAUCUUAAUAUUAGGUGUUUCAGAAACGCCUGUUUAAUGUAUUAGUAUUAUUCAUCCAUAAAAGAAACAUAAAAAUGUUCUCAAUGCUGACCGUCUGUAGCUUUUCUGGAAUCAGGUGUCUUUGCUGGACAAAGCAGUAGUUAGCUUUUUCUUGUCCCAGAGAGGUUACAUGAUUGGCAUGUAGUGAAGCCAGAAGAGGUUGAUGGCUGGCUCAAGAAAGAUACACUUAAAAUCCAGCAGGGGGCAGCAUUUCCAAACAAGGACAAACACUGGUUUGAGAAUCCUUCACUCUCUGGCUCCUGACUUGAGAUGAAGACUCAUUACACUAAGGAGAAAACAGCUGCUUGAUUUUCAACCUAUUGGACAAUAUACUGAACUAUUCAUAGUUUUAUUUGAUUUCAGCAAGUAUGUAACCCAGCUUUGAACACCACACUGUUUGUUGACUACCUGCUGGCUUGAAAUAGUCUACUGUAAUGAAUUGAAUGGCCUACUACUGUUAACCUACUCCACAGCAGCAAUAUGUCAUCUGGCCGAGUGUUACUGCAGCCUGGGCUGUUUUUGUACCCUAUCUUCAGGCUGUCGUUUCUUUCUUUUGCUCCCCCCCCCCCCCCCCCACCCAUCUGUUUAUUUGUGUGCUCCCCAUACUUUUUUUUAAAAAGUAGAAUAGUAGUUAAAGCCUUCUUCCAUUGAAAUCCUUGAGAACAGCUUUGGCGUAUAAGUCAUUUAGUUACUGAACACUAACUGUAUGCUCAAAGUUUUAUGGUUGCAUAUUUAUAUCUGCUUGUACAGUGAAGAUGAUUCUCAGUAAAGAUUGCUAUCAAUGAUUGUAUCA